AUGGAAAUCACAAAGGAUCAUAAAGAUCGUCCUCCAGCUUUACGUCGUUCUCUUAGAAUAAAAAACAGAGACGAGAGAAGGCGACGUGAAGAAGUUGAACGUAAAGAGAUUGAAGAACGUGGUGCUUUAAUACGACUUCCAAAACGUCUUACUAAAUUACCUACUUGUAAAUCCACUUCAACUGUCAUGCCCAAAAGAAGAAAAAUAUUUCGUUAUAUAAACUUUUCGCACAUUGGCACUACUGUCAAUCUUACCAACAUCCCUUUGGAUUUACUAAUAUAUACACUAGAAUUCCUCG